AGGAUAAUUGCAUAUGAAUUAUUGAUACUGUGAUCAAGUGUGUCAUAGGGAUAAAUAUUUAGACCAAGUAAGUUACACUAUAAAAUGGACCAAUUCAAUCACCGAGAAAAUUCAAAACAGGAGAUCUAAGUCAAAUCUAAAAUUAGAGUGACUUAUUACUUUAUAAAAUGAAUUAUAUGAGUGUAAUUUUUUGGAUGUGUAUUAUUUCCGUGAAAGCAGGGCGUAGGUUACUUGGAUUCGAUUUCAAAAGAGAAAGCCCGGUGAGCAAAAAAGAAUGCUUGAAGUUGUGUUUCGUCCAUAGCGACUGUCUCUCCAUUAAUUUUAGUAGAACUCGGCUUUUAUGUGAGAUGAAUUCACAACAGGAAUCUGGAAAUCUUGCCGUCACGGAAAACACAAGUGAAACGGAGGACUUCAUCUACAUCUCGAGGCAAUCUAUUCCUCCGGAUGUAAUAUCCAUCACAGGAGCUUGCAGUACUGUUGCAUGUCUACCAGGAAAGAGAUGUAUAGUUCUACGCUCGGGGAAAACUACAUGUAUUAAUUCAAGGUGUGUGCACGAACCACCUCCGGUUUUUUAUGGAUACAACGCCUCAUUACCAGGAAACUUACAUAGCAAUGGUUCAUUUACAUCGGAAAGUUACGUGGGUGACAGUAAACGAUACACAUGUGCAUCAGGAACAGUUCCUGUAGGAGGAAAUCAGUUAACGUGUUUAGCGAACGGUUUAUGGGAAACCCCAAAGUUUUCCUGCCAAGGUUACGUUUUAGAAAGCUGA